AUGGAGCAAGCCCAUGCCCUUCCCUUCCCAUCAUGGGCCUCCCCAGAUGUCCUGAGGACACUUGCCCAGAUCUCCACUUUGGAUAUUGGGGCUCACAUGGGCCCACCUUGGGUGGCAGAGAAAGCCCAGUUGACAGGGGGGAUCCUGCUGGAUGCUAUCCUCUCCAACUUCUCGCGGGUCCAGCACCUGGGGCUGCCCCUCAAGAUGGUCAUGUACUCAGCUCAUGACAGCACUCUGCUGGCCCUCCAGGGGGCCCUGGGCCUCUACAUCAGGCAUGCCCCACCAUACACUGCCUGUCUCGGCUUUGAGUUCCGGAGGUGCCUUGGGGAUCUGGACGAAGAUGGAGGGAAUGUCACCAUCUCCCUCUUUUACCACAAUGACUCGGCCCGCAGGCUGUCUCUCAGCCUCCCUGGGUGUCCAGACCCCUCCCCACUCAGCUGCUUCCACCAGCUGACCACCCCAGUCUGGCCUCCAGCUCAUGGGGUCACCUGCCAUGGCUCCUAUGAGGCUGCCACCCCCCCAGCCCCCAUGGUGCCUCUGCUGGCCAGAGCUGUGGCUGCACUGGCAGCUCUCUGCCUGGGGCCUGGGGGGUGGUUCCUGUGGAACAAGGGCUCGGAGUCAGACCCUCACCAGCUUUCAGUGUACAGAUGCCCUCGGGGACAAGGCCAGACUGAUCUGGCAGAGGGAGGCUCCCAGAAGAUGCAGGACGCACAGCCCGGCCCCACAGCCAGCCAGCUGGGACAAGCAGAGAGCAGGGGUGCUGAGGACACUCUUUCUGGGCUGCCCAUCGUAGCACCUGCUGAAACUAUGAAUUGGAGGUUCAUGAAGACCCAAAGUGCUAGCUGGGGCUACCUGUCACUGUGA